AUGCCGGCGGUGGACGACCCGAAGUGGCGCGACGACGAGCGCAAGGGCGCGCCGGUCGUCACGCUGCACACGACGCACGGGGACGUGACGGUGGAGCUGUACUAUAAACACGCGCCGCGGACGUGCGAAAACUUUUUCGAGCUCGCGAAGCGCGGGUACUACGACGGGACGAUCUUCCAUCGCGUGAUCGCGGAGUUCGUGAUCCAGGGGGGGGAUCCGACGGGGACGGGGCGGGGGGGGGAGAGCGCGUUCGGCGGGACGUUCGAGGACGAGAUAAGCCGAGGGCUGAGGCACGUGGGGGCGGGGAUUUUGGUGAUGGCGAAUAGCGGGCCGAACACGAAUAAGAGUCAGUUUUUUAUCACGCUCGCGGCGACGCCGUGGUUGGACGGGAAGCACGCGAUAUUCGGUAGGGUUGAAAGCGGGAUGCACGCCGUGCGCGCGAUCGGGGCGGUGAAAGUUGAUAAGAAUGAUCGACCGACGAAGGAGGUGAAGAUUGUCGGCGUCACGUGCGACGAUCGAGGAUUCAAGUGGUACUGA